AUGGCGGAUGAAGCUGAGCAGGCCUUUUUCCAGGCCCAGGCCAUGGAAUCCGAAACGGACAAUGCGGUGUCAAUGGAAGACCAAGCUCCCGAUAAUGACGACGACGAAGAAGAAGAAGAAGAAGAAGAAGAAGAAGAAUAUGACCCCUCGAAAUCCCUUGAUGAUCAAUACGAGUCAAUCGCAGAAGUUCCCCAAGACGAUGAAGAUGAUUCGGUCACUCCCAACCUGCCUGUCACAUCCGAAGACCUGGAUACUGGCGCUGCUAGUGACUCCCUGGAUCCUUCACAAAGCCCCUCGCGUACUGAGUCUCAGUUGUCUACGCCAAUUCCACACACAGGUGCGACGGCACAGCCGCAGCCCAGAACGAUUGGGGGAUUCGUGGAUGAGGAUGACGAGGAAGAGGAUGACAAAGAUGAGGCGGACUACGAGCCGCCAGCGGCAUUGGGGGUGGAUGAUACAGAUUCCAUGCCUAUGACUAUGUCUGAAGAUCCAAACUCAGGAAAUGCAAUUCAAAAGACUUACCCAGAUGUAUCAUCGCACCCGGGUGUGCAGGACGCGGCCACAGUGCCAGAUGCUGUCAAUAGUUCUUAUUCUCAUGUUCCUGUUUCUAAUAUCGAUCCCUCGGCUUCUGGCCAAGUUUCGUGGACUGGGGCCGCCAUUGAUGCGAGUUACCAAAGCAGUACUGUUCCUACUCCUGUACCUGAUGAUUCUGCAGCUGGCAGCUCUCGCUUACCCUAUGACCGGGUGGGCAUCUUGCAAGAUCGGGUUGAUGCGGAUCCCCGAGGUGAUCUUUCUGCGUGGCUGGAAUUAAUUGCUGAGCACAGAAGUCGGAACAGACUCGACAGUGCGCGCGAGACUUACGAGCGGUUUUUGAAGGUCUUCCCCAUGGCGGCCGAUCAGUGGGUAGCUUAUGCGACGAUGGAAUCCGAACUCAAUGAACUCUUCCGCCUGGAGCAAAUCUUCAAUCGAACCCUCCUUACCAUUCCCAGCGUGAACCUCUGGUCGGUCUACCUGGAUUAUGUUCGCCGCCGCAAUCCCUUGACGACCGACACCACUGGACAAGCGAGGCGAGUCAUCUCUUCAGCGUAUGACCUAGCUCUGCAAUACGUGGGAAUGGACAAAGAUGGCGGAAACAUCUGGAACGACUACAUUGAGUUCAUUCGUUCCGGCCCAGGAAUCGUUGGAGGCACCGGAUGGCAGGACCAGCAGAAGAUGGACUUGUUGCGAAAGGAGUACCAAAAAGCCAUUUGUGUUCCGACUCAGGUUGUCAAUGCUCUUUGGAAGGAAUAUGAUCAGUUCGAAAUGGGCCUCAACAAGCUAACUGGUCGCAAGUUUUUGCAAGAACAUUCGCCGUCGUAUAUGACAGCGCGAAGCUCUUACACCGAGCUACAGAAUAUCACCCGGGACCUGGUCCGAACUUCUUUGGCCCGGUUGCCCCCUGUUCCCGGAUCCGAGGGCGACGUCGAGUACGCUCAACAGGUCGAAAUCUGGAAGCGCUGGAUCGCUUGGGAGAAGGAAGACCCACUGGUUCUGAAAGAGGAUGAUCCUGCUGCAUUCAAAGCGCGUGUCGUCUACGUCUACAAGCAGGCCUUGAUGACUCUCCGAUUUUUGCCUGAGAUCUGGUUCGAAGCUUCCGAAUUCUGCUUUUUGAACGAUAUGGAGAACGAGGGUAAUGAAUUCCUCAAGCAAGGAAUUGAAGCCAAUCCGGAGAGCUGCUUGUUGUCAUUCAAGCGGGCUGAUCGCCUCGAAUUCACGUCCGACUCGGAACAGGAUUCUGUCAAACGGGCAGCCAAGGUUAGGGAGCCUUUCGACCCCCUACUUGAUUCUCUCUAUGACUUGAUCGCCAAGGCCAAAGCUCGGGAGGCUCAGGACGUUGCACGUAUCGAGGAGGCCUUUGCUCAACAGAGCCUGGAAGGCCAGACUGUGCCCAGCGACGAUGACGACGAGGUUUCACCCGAGAACAAGGAGCGGGAGGCAGCUAAAAAAUCGCAAAUUGAUGCUGUCAGGAAAGCCCAUGGCAUUCAAAUCAAUCUUCUCUCCAAGAGCGUCUCCUUUGCCUGGAUCGCACUCAUGCGUGCUAUGCGCCGUAUUCAGGGCAAGGGCAAACCGGGAGAACUGGCGGGCUCUCGCCAGAUCUUCGCUGAAGCUCGCAAGAGAGGUCGUAUCACUAGCGAUGUCUACAUUGCCAGUGCACUUAUGGAGUACCAUUGCUACAAAGACCCGGCAGCCACCAAGAUUUUCGAGAGAGGUGCCAAGUUGUUCCCUGAAGACGAAAACUUUGCUCUUGAAUACCUGAAGCAUCUCAUUGACAUCAACGAUAUCAUCAACGCAAGAGCGGUCUUUGAGACAACCGUUCGGAGAUUUGCCGCCAAUCCCGACAAUGUGCACAAGGCUAAACCAAUCUUCUCUUUUCUCCACGAGUAUGAGUCCCGGUAUGGUGACUUGGUUCAGGUGAUUAACCUGGAAGCACGUAUGCGCGAGCUUUUCCCUGAAGAUCCGGCGUUGGAUCAGUUCACACACCGAUUUUCCACACCUUCUUUUAAUCCUUUGUCUUUCCAGCCGAUCCUGUCACCCACUCAGACAAGGCCAAAGACAAUGGCAACUGGCAUUGUGCCGGAAACUCGUCUCGACCCGCAGGAUGCAUCCUUCAGUUCCCCGAAGCGACCCUACCCUGUUGACGAUGACUAUGAUUCCGAUCGGCCUCGCAAAUUUGCCCGUGCUGAGUCCCCAUUGAAGGGCGCUCAGGGCCGACGUCUUGAUCAACAGAAGCGCGCCCCACAGCUGAAUGGGCAAGCUAGUACUUCAUCAUACAAGCCGCACGGAUCAGCUGCUUCAUUGCCCCGGGAUGUGGUUCAUCUUCUCAGCAUCAUUCCUCAUUCAUCCGCCUACAACAUCGCCCGUCUUUCCCCGGAGAAAAUGGUUGAUCUCCUCCGUCAAGUUGAGAUUCCAGCUUCAACUUCCCAGAUCCCGUUGCCAGGGAACGUUCGCGGGACUGGUACGAGCCAGAACCAGUACUCCGGUAACUACCGUUGA